GCGCGAGAGGCGAGAACGACCUGAUCCGGCGGAGAAGCACCGGAGGACGGAGACACGUGGGGGGUGGGAGACACGGGGCAUGCAGGGAGGAGCUAUCGAAGAGAGGGACGUUUAGAUAAAACGGCAAUUGCAGUCAAAGCGAAGUGAGAGAGGACUCGGACUUUUGCAGCGGAGCGUCCAGAGAAUUACGCACGAGCGCGCCAUUCCAAAGGUGAACCAACUUUUUACGCACGGACCGCUGGAGAUGCUGCGUUAUUGAUACAUUCAACUGCGAUUCUGGACUCGUGAUCUGAUCACCUCUGGAGUUUGGACCAUAACGCGUACACAUGGAGCACUUUGGCACAUGUGGAUGAAUUAUUAUUAUUAUAAAUCAAACAUUUGGAGACAUCUGGACUCGUCGCACGGGCUUCUCGGGACUCUCUCUCACUGCAGACCGGUGUGAUCGGAGCUGCGUGGUGGAGCCUUCGUCGAUCGGGACACUCUGCAUUACGCACCGUUGACGUUUCCUGAGAGUUUUCAGGACAGCGGUGUGGACAGAGUCAGACACGUCUAGCCCGCGUGAGUCACCGUGAACAAACACACGGGACAAGCGGCGCUUACAGGCGGUGACACACUCAAGGGGGGAUAUUUAACGGUGCGUACCUCGCGCCACCGGGACGAGGUUCGGGGUGAUUUGGACGCCGAGGUGCUCAAUGCCCAGCCGGUCGCUUGCGGCUCCUCAGGCUGGGCGGCAACAACAUGAGGUCCUGGGUCCUGCUGCUGCUGCUUGCUGCGCUCUCAGCGGCCCGUCUGCGGCUCAGCAGCGCUGAGGGAGAUCCGCUGCCCUCGUCGCUGGUCGACCUGGUGAGGAACUCUCCCAUCUCCUCUGUGGACGACCUGAAGCUGCUGCUGCUGCAGGAGACCAAUGCAAUAGAAGAGGAAGAAGACGAGCAUGAUAUGCUCACAAACCACACCCGCUUCACCAGAAGUCUCGUGGAGGCGCAGCCGGCCCAGCAGGCGGCCUGUAAAGUCCGGACGGAGGUGAUGGAGGUGACGAGGUCCAUGCUGGACCGCCGCAACGCCAACUUCCUGUUGUGGCCGCCCUGCGUGGAGGUGCAGCGAUGCUCGGGCUGCUGCAACACCAGGCUGCUGAAGUGCGUCCCCACCGUCUCCUCCACCAGAUACCUGCAGGUGAUAAAGAUCCAGUACAUGAACAGGAAAGCUCACUACGACAAAGCCGUCAUCUCGGUGGAGGACCACGUCAGCUGCAGGUGCCAGCCUGCUUCCUCCUCCUCCUCCUCAUCCGUCCCCAUCCAGAGCAACCCCAACCCUCUUCCCCCUCCACCUCCCCCGUCCUCCCACCUUCCCCCGCCCCUCCCCCGGGCCGUCCACCCGGCUCCGCCAAAGACUCUCGCCUCCAAGGCUGACCUCCAUCGCCACGACAACCUGAAGCACAACCAGCAGCGCUACCGCCCCGAGGAGCGAGACCCGGUGUCGAGGCAGUGGCAGCAGGGCGGUUACACCCAGCUGGUGCACUGGACGCAGCCCCGGGUGCACCCGCCCGUCGGCAGCUGGCCGUCCGAAGCGAGGGCGGAGCACAGCGUCACGGGAGGCGCCCCGCAGGUCGGGCACGGGAGCGGGUAUGACGGGAGCAGGGAGGAGAGCGGCGUGCACGUGGAGGUGCAUCAUCCAGAUCACGUGCAGAGGCAGCAGCAGCUGCUGCAGCAUCAGCAGAGACAGCAGCAGUAUCAUCCUCAGCAGGACCAAGAGCUGAGGACGCAACAUCGGCUGAACGCGCCGCAGUCCGACGGCGCCUCGCCGCCCGGCAGCACGACUCAGCCGCCCACACUGGAAGAAAGCCCCGCCCCUCCUCCUACGACCACCAAUCAGGGGGACUCAGCGACCAGCGGAAAAACCACGCAGGUCACGAAACAGACUGAGACCUUAGCAGCGACCGGUCGACCGGGAGGCAACGAGAGGGAGGAGAGCAGCUCGGCCAAUAGCGGGGACUCGGCCGGGGCGGAGCCGGCCAAUCAGGGGACGGGAAAAAAAGACAGCGGGGUCGGUCAUUUAACGGAGGAGGAGAGGAGACGGAAAGUUCUGGAGAUGAUUCAGACGGAGCCGGAUCACCAGACGCAUCUUCAUCCCCAUCAUCCUCAGCAGAGACCAAAGCCGACCACGUCUACAACAGUCGUCUCCUCUUCUGUGGCUCCCGUCUCGCCCUCGGCCCGCCGCGCCCCGUUCCGUCCUGCGUCGCCUCGCCGCCGGAGGAAACACCGCAAACGCAUCAGCAAAGCAGCCAUCAGGGCCAUGAUCAUGUAGCUGCAGGAAGUGGUGAAGCUGACCUUAGAAGCGAGAGAAGUUGCUCCAAGAGGAAUGCGGAGGGACGAGAAACAGGAGCUUGUUGAAUGCGGGACGGACUUUGAGGAGACCGACGCCAGGCGACGGACUCAGAGACUCACCUGUCCUGCUGCAGAGCCGCAGAGCCUCCAGCUCCACGGAAACCAUUAAAACGUGCAAUCACAGGAGGAGAGGACGGCCGUCACACCAAACACUGGACGCCAUUAAUAUGAACCGCAAUCCGACGGAAGCUCGUCAGACCGGCGGUCUCUUCCUGCAGUCGGCAGCCAUCGAUUGGCCGCUUAAACACUGUUGGUCCACAAACGGAGGAGUGGACUAAGAAGGGAUUAUUGGGGGGGGGGGGUUAAAUGUGGAGAACUGGAUUUCUACACUGGGACGAUAACUGGAAACUGAAGCUCAGGCCUAGAUGCCAAAACAUGAGUGUAACCCUCUGAGUCUAACCGUAUUAACACUGGAGUAGCGUCACACUGACUGUGCGUGUACUGUAGCUUCAUGUAGCUUCAUGUAGCUUCAUGUACUGGAACUGAUCCAUAACCUGCUCGUUUUCUACUUCCGCCAGAUCAAAAACAGCCACAAGCCUGCCGAGAUACCGUGCUAUGAAUAUCCACAUUAAAGCAAGUCUUAAAGCGUUUAGCGGUGGCUGUGAGCCAGUUAUAGCCAACACUGUAUCUUUAAAUGCUUGGGGGGGGGGAGAAAAACUUUAUUUCUUAACUUAUUUUUAAAAAGGAGGAUUUGAAGUCCUCCAGUUCUCAAGUGUAAUUAUUGUUGCAGAUUAUAAUUAUUGGUUGUACAACUGUUUCUGUCAUGAAUGUUAUUUUUUAAUAAAAAAUAUAAAUGUUCAACGAAUA